GGUGCAAAGGUUGGAAUACAGGAAAAAAUGAACUGUGAACAAGUUCUACCUCAUAUACAGUGAACUCUAACCUGAUAUAAAACAGAAAAGAAAAUGGAUCCAGUUCUUACAUUGCCUGUGUUAAUUGGAAUUUCUAUAAUGGUGAUCACAAUAAUGUUCUUCGUCCUGAAACCGGGAGGUUCUGACGGAAGCCGAAAGCAGAGCAAGUUUCCAAAAACCCUGCUGGAUCCAAAUGUGAAAUUUCCAUUGCCACUCAUAGAGAAGGAGGAAAUCAAUCACGACACCAAGAAAUUCCGCUUUGGUCUACCAUCCUCAUCACACGUACUUGGUCUCCCUAUUGGUCAGCAUGUUUACCUGUCUGCAAAGGUAAAUGGGAAUCUGGUUAUCCGAGCAUACACACCAGUGUCCAGCGAUGAAGACCAGGGAUACGUUGAUCUAGUAGUAAAGGUUUACCAUAAAAAUACUCACCCAAACUACCCGGAUGGGGGUAAGAUGUCUCAGUACUUGAAUGACAUGAAGAUUGGAGACACCAUUGAUUUCAGGGGGCCAAAUGGGUUGCUGGUGUACAAUGGAAACGGAAAAUUUGCCAUUCGACCUGAGAAAAAAUCGGAACCUAAAGUGCAUAAAUUCAGGCACGUGGGGAUGAUCGCAGGCGGAACAGGCAUUACUCCAAUGCUUCAGCUGAUAAGGAAUAUAACUGCAGACACAGAUGACAACACCAAGUGCUCCCUUAUAUUCGCCAACCAGACUGAAAAGGACAUACUGUUACGGAAAGAGCUGGAUGAAGUUGAUAAAGAUCACCCUGAUAAACUCAAUCUGUGGCACACACUGGACAAACCCUCAGAAGGGUGGAAGUACAGCAAAGGCUUUGUUAACGCUGACAUGAUAAAAGAGCAUCUCCCGCCUCCGGCCAAUGAUGUGCUCAUCCUGAUGUGUGGUCCACCCCCCAUGAUCCAGUAUGCAUGUCUGCCAAACCUCGACAAGCUGGGGUACAGAACAGAGAACACUUUUGCAUACUAAAUCCUCUGCCAAUGAUGACUGUAGUGCGCAGGGAUAUAAUGUGACAGCUUGUUGGUUUACAACCGUGUCGAAAUGAAUGGCACAUAAAACUUUUUUUGUGUUCAGUCUGUUGUGAAUGAAUUUAAGUAAUCGACUGAAUUUUGAACUUUUUUGCAUCAUUAAAACAAAGAGUGGGGAAAUAAUCAUAUACAUUAGUCUCUCAACACAAAACAUCAGCAAAUGAAAAGCUGUAUUUACACUGGACUGAUUUGAUUCCUGCAUGAUUUGGGAACAUUUUAAAAAGCAUUUCCUGUGUGAAGAAAAUCUGACCUUUGCUUUAAGUGAAUAUGGUCAUUAUGAUAUAUAAUAUAAAAAAGUCAUUAUAAACUAUGUUGUUAUACCACAAUAUUUUAUUACUUCCUUUUAAAUCCUUAAACUUUAUUCAACGAUUCCAUGAAUAAAAUCUAAGACAUCUGAAUAUUUAUGUAUUUUAUCAAA